AUACGUCGAAAUUGUUGCUCCUUAAUCUUUCUUUCAGUUAGCAAGUGCGUUUGUUCUGCUGGAUAGCUAAUGAAGGGAUUCGAAUGGAUGAGUAACAACGAAUGAUAAUUAACCGCUUUGUUAAUAUGCUCGUCUUUGGUGUAUUCCAUAAGCCAAAAAGUCGUUCGUGUAAUUCGGCGGUUCAAUGUGAAAUAAAUAUACGUAUAUUUGCACUAAACACACGCGUAAGAGCUUGUGUGUUGUUUAUAUUGAUUGAAAGUCGCAGCCAGUUUGAUAUAUGCUACAGAAGACGUAUGCUUAUAUUGCUGACGUUUACGUCAUCGCGCAUCACGAUAUUUAUGAAGGGUUUUAAUAGGGAUUACAAAUGCAAAGCUCCAGAGAAAUUUAUGUAAUAAUAUUUAACAAAGGAUAAGUAUAGGUUUGUUAUAUCUUCAAAAUCAAUUCUGUUUGAUAAUUCCUAAGACAUAUAAGAAAUAUAAAUAAACAUCUAAUAACACACAAAUAUAACAACAUGUAGAUAUCUCCUUAGCGUUCUCCGAACAGUCACUAAGUGGACACGUAAACUGUGAAAGCAAAAUUUUGUUAUUCCCGCUAAGAGAAUAAUAUCGUCGUCUCAUCAACAAGAGGAGCCCAAUAUCGGCAUGGCUGCCAUACCAUUGCUUUUCUCACCAUGGAGUAAGAAACAGCGUUUACUUACCCUACCACAUAACUUUUAUCGUAACUUCUUCAAUCCAAAUUUUUGUCAUUUCUGCAAGGGAAAACUGAAACUGAGAGAAAAUAAUACAUGUAGUUCAUGCAACAUAACUUUUUACUGCAGCAACAAUCAUGAAUCAGAAGAUAAUGAGAAUCAUAAUGAUAUUUGUAAAAUUUUAAAAAAAAUUUCAUGUAAUUAUCCGGAGUAUUGGCAAACUCAUAAUUUGAAACAGGAGAAUUGGAUCAGUUCGAGGAAAAAUCUUUUACGUUUAGUCAAAUAUAAAUUGCCACGUGAUAUGAUGCCGCAUGAAAUACAGAUGAUCAUGUUCACUAAAUCGUGUUCUAUUUGUCGUGAACAGAGUAAUCUUCAAACUUGUAUGGAGUGUUAUUGCGUGCACUAUUGUUCCUAUCAUCCAGAAGUCUUGAAAAAUCAUCACAGUUCCAAUUGCGCCAAAUUGAAGUUAUGUCUUCAAGUAGAUAUGAUUUUAACUUAUAUAGGAUUCAAACAAAAUAAAAUCCCAGAUCUUACUAGCAGCAUGUUAGCCUCUAAGAGUAGAUAUAUUGUUAACAUGCAACGAUUCCUUGAAAUAUUUACGAAUUAUGAUAUUGAUAUUGAUUAUGUCCGAUUCCAAUUCUAUUCCGAUUACUUAUCAGGACCGUUGACACUAUAUUAUGGAAUGAAAAGUAAAAAUUUACAUAUAAAAAGUUCGCACUAUGUUGUUCUUAUAAUAGCCGCAACUGUUUUAGAUGCACAAUAUAUACUAGCCUGGGAAAUUUUGCUGCAUCUUUUAUCUGACACACUAAAACAUCUAAAAGUUAUAUUGAUAGGAUCAAAAAUACUAAACGUAACAAAAUUAAAUGUCGAAGUUUGUGGGAAAUGCUAUGAACGUAACGGAACGUUCCAGAUUCAAAGUUAUCGUUUCUCCUUUAUAGACGAUGGUUUAAAGAUGAUGCCUCCAUUUGAUCCACCAAAUGUAAUUAUAGCAUUUGAAGCAGAUAUUGGUAAGUGGUAUCUACCAGAGGAAAUAGUUUUUGAAUUAAAGGGUAAAAUAUCUUGUCCAUUUAUUAUAACUACUGCAUCGCAUUCUAAAUUCGAACGGAACAGGCAGGAAUUAAGUAAAAUUCUGGGUGUACAAUUAAAUUUAACUCCAACCGAAAAUAAAUUUACUUCUUUUAAGGCGUAUAGAAAUCUCGAAGAUGAUAAUGUGCUCUAUCGCAAUAAGUUUCUAAUUAUCUUUAAGAGUUUAAGUGAUUUAUUAGAUUUGUAUACCGAACCCUUUGAAGAAUAUGCAAAUUUGUUGCGCUGGUAGAACUCCUGCCAUAUAUUGAAUUUUUGAAAAAGAAUAUCAUUGAUAUAUUAAAUCUAAAAGUAUAUAUCACAGAAAAUACUUUUGGACAGUUAUGCAUCUAUUUUGAUCUCCAA